CCGCCCAUAAAAGCGCUGGCCCGGGCCAGGGCUGCAUCCACCGCUGCGGCCUCGCUCUGCUCAGCCCAAGGGCAGCCUCAUCUCCUCUCUCACGCCAACAUGUCCUGCUACGACCUGUGCCCUCCUCGCACCAGCGUGGCCGUGCCCCAGCCCAUCGCUGAGAGCUGCAACGAGCUGUGCGCCCGCCAGUGCCCCGACUCGUCGGCCUUGAUCCAGCCGCCGCCCGUGGUGGUCACCUUCCCCGGCCCCAUCCUCAGCUCCUUCCCCCAGCAAGCCGUGGUGGGCUCCUCCGGAGCCCCGGCCUUUGGCGGCUCCCUGGGGCUGGGCGGCCUCUACGGCGCCGGCGCCACCCAGGCCUCGGGGGGCCUGUGCACCUUUGGCAGAGCCUACGCUGCUCCCGCCUGCAGCCCUUGCGCCUUGCCCCGCUACAGCAAGAAGCUCUGGGACACCUGCGGGCCCUGCUAGAGCCGCCAGAGCCCAGCCC